GGCCCCCGGUCAGCCCAUGUCUUGGGUGUCUCUGUUCCUGCCUCCGUGGUCCUCCAGGGCUCCCUCCCUGCUGCUUCUUGUGAUGGUGGGCAGGGAUGUGGGGCUCAGGGUGGGUCUGGAGGGGGUGCAGACUUCCAUGUGCUCUCGCUUGGGCUUAAGAGUGGAGGAGUUCAACCAGGGUCAGGAUGGCGAUGUUGUCAUUGGUGGGCUCUUUAACCUACAUUACCAAGUGCCUGGUAUAGACCAGGAGUUCAUUAAGCCUCCGUUCUACAAUCCAUGCACUGGGUUGGAAGCAGAGAUCUUGAAGGCUGUCUACGCCAUGGAGUUUGCAGUUGAAGAAAUCAACAGAAACCCCCUCAUUCUUCCUGGUGUGAAGCUCAACUACCGAAUCCUCGACGACUGUGGCCUACACCCCUGGGUGCUGCAUGGAGCAUUCUCACUGGUUGGGGGAGAGAGGGAGAGUUGUACUUUAUAUGCAUUACUUUCAUCAGGGGGCCCGUCUGUACCGCUGAUUAUCGGUGGCGCUUCUUCGACAACAGCUAUGAUACUGUCUCGGACACUGGCCUCUCUCUCUGUUCCAGUAAUAAGCUACCUUGCUAGCUGUCCCUGCCUUAGCGACAGACAUCGGUUUCCUAACUUCUUCAGGACCAUUCCCAGUGACGUCUACCAGGCUAAGACCAUGGCCCGACUUGCAAUACUCUUCAACUGGACUUGGAUUGGAGCAGUCAUCGCAAACAAUGAUUAUGGUCGUCUGGCAAUUCAGGCAUUUCAGGAGGAGAUUGAGGGAUCAGGAGUGUGUUUGGCUUUUUCUGAAUUUCUUAACAGGGAGACUUUUGAAGAAGAUGCAAGACGUGCAGCUUCCAUUAUUGAGCAUUCCACUGCUAGAGUUAUACUGAUCUUUACCUGGCACAGAAAUGUGAGGGAGUUGUUUCUCCAACUGGCCAAGAGAAACGUGACUGAUAGACAGUUCCUAGCCAGUGAGGCUUGGAGUACUAGCAAAGAUAUUUUACAAGAUGUUGCCAUUUUGAAAGUGGCAAGUGGUGUGUUAGGUGUUGCUAUUCGAAGUGCAAGAAUACCUGGAUUUAAAAGUUUUCUCCAGGGCCUAAAACCCUCAAAUCGCCCUGGAGAUUUACUUCUACAGGAGUUUUGGGAAAAGGAGUUUGAAUGUAGCCUUUCAAUGACACUGUCAAAUUCUCAGUCAUUGUCUGAUAAUUCAACUACAAAUAUCUCGCCUGCUUCUCAUGCCACCAGAUCUCCACUCGCAGCUACCCUAUCACUGUGCACUGGGAGAGAGACACUUGAGGGCGUACAGAAUAUUUUUACUGACACUGCCCACUUAAGGGCCGCGUAUAAUACAUACCUGGCUGUGUAUGCUGCAGCCCACGCUCUUCACAGCUUUCUCUCGUGCCCAGAUAAAGACCGUUCCCCAAGAGACAACAGCUCGACCUGUAGUUCACCUUAUAACAUUACACAGAAUGAGUUGUUAGAGCACCUGAACAAAGUGAACUUCACUACUCCAAACGGGGAGGAAUUCUUCUUCCAAGGAGCCGACAUCCCAGCUGCUUAUGACCUGGUCAACUGGAAGACCUCCCCUGAUGGGUCACUGAAACUAGUUCUGAUUGGUCGAGUGGAUGGCUUGGAAUUACACCUGAACCAAACAUCUAUUCAGUGGACUACAGGCUCCAAUCAGGUGCCUAUUUCUGUAUGCAGUGCGAGCUGCCCCCCAGGAACCCGAAGAGCCAAUAGGAAAGGAGAGCCUGUCUGCUGCUUUGACUGUAUCCCCUGUACUGAUGGAGAGGUCAGCAAUGAGACUGGUUCCCAUCAGUGCAGGCGAUGUCCUGUUGAGUUCUGGUCCAACCCGGGUAACACGGCCUGUAUUCCUCGCAAAGUUGACUUCCUGUCUUUUAAUGAGACAAUGGGAAUCGUCCUGACAACUGGAGCUGUGUCUGGAGUUGUUGUCACUACAGUGGUUUUUGUCAUCUUUUUGUGCUACCAUAACACUCCUGUGGUGCGUGCAAAUAACUCAGAGCUGAGCUUCCUGCUCCUCCUGUCACUCAAGCUCUGCUUCCUGUGUGCGCUGGUGUUCAUUGGUCGUCCCUCCGUGUGGUCCUGCCGCUUACAGCAGGCAGCUUUCGGGAUCAGCUUUGUCCUCUGCGUCUCCUGCCUUCAGGUGAAGACCAUAGUGGUCCUGGCCGCUUUCCGCUCAGCUCGGCCAGGAGCUGGAGGCCUGAUGAAGUGGUUUGGUCCGGGCCAGCAGAGAGGCAGCGUCUGUUUCUUCACCAGCAUACAGGUGAUCAUCUGUACCAUAUGGCUGUCCCUCAGCCCUCCGAUCCCUCAUCGUGACCUUGGUUUCCAGGGGUCAAAGGUUAACUUAGAGUGUGCCAUGAGUUCAGUGGUGGGCUUUGCCGUUGUCUUAGGCUACAUAGGCUUCCUAGCCUGCCUCUGUCUCCUCCUUGCUUUCCUGGCUAGGAAACUCCCUGAUAACUUCAAUGAGGCCAAGUUCAUCACCUUCAGCAUGCUGAUCUUCUGUGCUGUCUGGGUGGCCUUUGUCCCAGCCUACAUCAGCUCUCCAGGGAAGUACUCUGUUGCUGUGGAGAUCUUUGCCAUCCUGGCGUCUAGUUAUGGCCUGCUGCUGUGCAUCUUUGCUCCAAAGUGCUUCAUCAUACUCCUGAGGCCUGAGAGGAACACCAAGAAACAGCUGAUGGGAAGAUAGGCAAAUGUGCAUAUACAUAACGAUAGGCAGCAAAGCGAUCCUAAUGUCAUGUUUCUCAAGAGACACCAAAAGAGAAGAAAGUAAAAUAAUUAGCAAAUAUCUAUAAAAUCUCAUGCAAUGUAAUAUUUGCAGAGUGCUACAUGCAGCCCUCAACUAUGUUCCUCUUAGGCUUUCUUCUUUCUUUCAAAAAAUCUGUGACCCUACUCCUUCCACAAUUUCCCCCUAGAGAAUCCAUUCCACUUUUAAAAUGUUCAUAUUAGCUUGGAAUUGUGAUAGCCACACUUGUGGCUAUCUCAAAUCCUAACCAUUUCUGAUUUUCCUGAGCCUAACAAUAUAAACAUUUAACCGAGAAACACAAUGCUAAGCUUCAACGCUUACGGUAUUUCUUGUUUCACUGGUCGUUUCAUUUUGUGAGCUUAUCUCGAUGAACUAGAUGUGAAAGAAUAACGUUGAUAACACUUUUCCUGGUUACAACCAGUGAUCACAUACAGACACACACACACACACACACAAACAUUUUACUGUCAAACUGACUUGAUUCAACCAUUCCAAACUUGAACAGGUUUAAGAGCUCAGCUAUUCUAUAUUUUAUCUCAAAUGUACUUGAAUUUGAUCACAUAGGCAAUUUUUUUUACUCUUCACUUUAUUUGUUUCCAAACAUUUUGCAUUCUUUAAAUGGUAUGCAUGUUUACAUUGUUCAUUUCAUUUAGACUUUUGAACCCUGUUCAAAUCUUUUCACUUGAUUUAAGCCAUUAAACAUUUCUUUCAGUUUUAAACUAUGCGGCUGUAUUAAAAUAUAUUUUCAACCUUACUUUGCAUUGCAACACUCACCACAUUUUGUGCAGGAAAUGUAUUUUCUAGUUUAACAUGUUGUCAAAUGUAUUCCAUCUUAAUUGUUUGAAUGAUAAUGUUCCACUUUCUUAAGUCUUAU